CCCGGAGCCCGCGGCCGUUGCCGGCGCUGGGGACGCAUACGUGGUUGGGCGCGGUUACACGCUCGCCGCUGCCAGGCCCUGAGGAUCCGGACCCAUGUGGAAGCUACUCCCUGCCACGGGCGCGGCCCCAGGAGAACCAUACAGACUUUUGACUGGUGUUGAAUACAUUGUUGGAAGGAAAAACUGUAGAAUUCUAAUUGACAAUGAUCAGUCAAUCAGUCGAAAUCAUGCUGUGUUAACUGCUAACUUUUCUGUAACCAACUCGAGUCAGGCGGAUGAAAUUCCUAUAUUGACAAUAAAAGAUACUUCUAAGUAUGGUACCUUUGUUAAUGCCGAAAAAGUACAGACAUGUGUUUCCCAAACUUUGAAGACAGGGGAUAGAGUUACCUUUGGAGUUUUUGAAAGUAAAUUCAGAGUAGAGUACGAGCCUUUGGUUGCGUGCUCUUCUUGUUUAGAUGUCCCUGGGAAAGCUGCUUUGAAUCAAACUGUUUUUCAACUUGGAGGGCUUUCUGUAAACAACUGGACAGAAGAAUGUACUCACCUUGUCAUGACAUCGGUUAAAGUUACCAUUAAAACAAUAUGUGCACUCAUUUGUGGAUGUCCAAUUGUAAAGCCAGAAUAUUUUACUGAAUUUCUCCAAGCAGUUCAGUCCAAUAAACAGCCUCCACAAAUUGAAAGCUUUUACCCACCUAUUGAUGAACCAGCUAUCGGAAAUAAAAAUAUCGAUCUAUCAGAGCGAAAGGAAAGAAAACAAAUCUUCAAAGGGAAAACAUUUGUAUUUCUAAAUGCCAAACAGCAUAAGAAGUUAAGUUCAGCAGUUGUUUUUGGAGGUGGGCAAACUAGGUUGAUAACAGAAGAAAAUGAAGAAGAAGAUGAUUUCUUUUUAGCUCCUGGAACCUGUGUUGUUGAUGUAGGGAUAACAAAUUCACAGACUUUAAUUUCUGACUCUCAGAAAAACUGUAUUCAUUCAAUUAUGGAUUUGCUCAAGAGGCAGGGUCUUAGACCUAUUCCUGAAUCAGAAAUUGGAUUGGCAGUUAUUUUCAUGACUAUGGAGAAUUACUGUGAUCCUCGGGGCCAGCCCGGUACAGGAUUAAAGCCAACGACUCCAGGGCCAAGCCUUUCCCAAGGCUUGUCAUUCAGUGAAAAGCUAAUGCCAACUGUCCCAGUGAAUACCACAACAUAUGUACCUGACACAGAAUCAGAGCAAGCCAACACAUGUAUGGAUUUCAGUGGAAGUCCAAAAGAAAUCAAAAUCUCCAGAAUGGAACAAAAAUUCAGAAUGCUUUCACCAGAAACAUCCGCUGUAAAGGAACCUCCUAAAACAAGCUGUAAUAGUGAUAAUAUAGUCUCAAAUACUCUCGUCAAGGUGAAAGUCCCAGACUAUCAGCUUUCGCCAACCAAAUUCACAGGUAUAAGUAAAGGUAGAGAUCGGGUUUCUCAGCAGCAACAGACCAACUCCAUCAAAAACUACUUUCAGCCAUCGACCAAAAAAAGGGGGAGGGGUGAAGAAAAUCAAGAAAUGUCUUCAUCCAAAUCAGCCAGAAUAGAAAUGUCUUGUUCUCUUUUGGAGCAAACACAACCGGCUACACUGUCAACAUGGAGACACGAGGAACAGAAUCCGUUUCAGAAUGAGCCUGUGGACAAAAAGCCAGACCAUGUAUUUACAGAUACAGAUUUAAAAUCGAAUGUGAAAAACCCCACCAACGCAUCUCUUCCUCCAGAAAAGCUAACGUCCAAAAAAAGAAAAGAAAUUGAUGACUUGGCCAUAGAAGAUGAAGUAUUAGAGCAGUUACUCAAGAACACAAAACCAGAGUUGGAAAUUGAAAUGAAAGUUAAAAAACAAGAGGAAGAUACCAAUAUUAGAAAAAAACCAAAGUUGCUUAUAGAAUCAAAUGGCAUGUUUAAUGAUGAAACAGUAUCAGAAAGUAACAAAGUAUCUAAUUUGUUUAGACAUCCUUGUGAAUACUGAUGGAUUGAAGGAAUUGCACUUAAUUUUUCUAACUACAGAAGAGAUUACCAGAAAAAAAAAAUUGUAUCCUUUUAUUUAAAAAAUCUUUUGUAAUUUUAACAAAGCCAAAAUGUGAUACUUUGAUGAUGGAUUCCUUUAUUUCAGAAAGGCAAUCUCGAAAACAUGUUGCUGACAGAACUGCCAUUUUUCUAUUUUUGAAUUCUAAGUAUAAAGUAUAUCUGUAAGAUUUCCUGUUACGCUGAAAAUAUUUGGAAAACUAUUGGCAGGAUACUCCUACUAGUUUAUGCUUAAUGUAAAUGAUAACUCUGCCUUAGUGUUGGCCUUACUUUCAAUUUCCCAGACUCUCUGAAUUUUGAUACUUUCGUUUUUAAAUCUUAUUUUGCAUACUUGGAAUCUACUGUUAAUGCAAUUUUGAAGCCACUUUUUAUUUACUUAUAUUAUGAUCAUUUUCUCAUUAAAUAUUCUUUAAACAUAUUACUUACAUGAACUUAGAUUGCUUCUAAUUUGCUAUUAUAACUCAUGCUGUAAUGUCUCUGUCUACAUAUACUUUUAUUCUCAUUGCUCUUAAUUUUCCUAGGAAAGAUAUUUGAAAGUCAAAUCACUCAAAGAUGAUGAAUAUGUCUGAAGUUUUCUGAAAGGUAUCAUUUUAUACUCCA